AUGGAACUGAUGCCGACUUGCGGCGCAUUCCUAAAAUUACUCCAAAUAAUAACUAUUUUUCAGGAAGAGAGAAAGAGUAUAAAAUUUUCUGAACUGAAAAGUUAGAAUGUAAAAUGUCUACUAUCUGUUAACAACGAGCAAUGGAUCUGGCACAGAAGAUUGGGACAUGUUAGUAUGAGAAGAAUAUCUCAGAUUAACAAACUCAAUAUGGUCAGAGGACUUCCUAACCUGAAGUUCAAUUUAGAUGCUCUGUGUGAAGCAUGUCAGAAAGGCAAGUUUGCAAAACCAGCUUUCAAAUCCAAAAACGUUGUUUCCACCUCCAAGCCAUUAGAACUUCUGCACAUUGACUUAUUUGGACCAGUUAAAACUGCUUCAGUCAGUGGCAAGAAGUAUGGGUUAGUAAUCGUAGAUGACUAUAGCAGAUGGACAUGGGUAAAGUUCUUAAGGCACAAGGACGAGUCACACUUCGUGUUUGUUACCUUCUUCAACCAAGUUCAGAAUGAAAAGGAUCUUAGAAUCGUCAAAGUCAGAAGUGAUCAUGGUGGAGAAAUUGAAAACAAAUAUUUUGAGUUAUUCUUUAAUGACAAAGGCAUUCUGCAUGAUUUCUCUUGUCCUAGAACUCCCCAGCAAAAUGGAGUUAUAGAACGAAAGAACAGAACAUUGCAAGAAAUGGCCAGAACCAUGAUGAACGAGACUAACGCUGCUAAGAUCUUCUGGGCAGAGGCAAUAAACACAACGUGUUACAUUCAGAACAGAAUCUCCAUAAGACCUAUUCUGGAAAAGACUCCAUAUAAAUUAUGGAAGAACAGAAAGCCCAACAUUUCCUACUUUCACCCAUUUGGAUGUACAUGUUUUAUUUUGAAUACAAAAAAUUAUUUGAACAAGUUUGACUCUAAAGCACAAAAGUGUAUUAUGUUAGGAUACUCUGAACGCUCAAGAGGGUACAGAGUAUACAAUACAGAAACACAAAUUGUGGAAGAGUCAAUCAAUGUUCGUUUUGAUGAUAAGCUUGACUCUCAAAAGUCAAAGCAGAAUGAAUUCCUUGCAGGUAUGGAAGUUGAACUCACAGGUACUGAAGACAAAUCAUCAGAAGCUCUCAACAGAGACAAUUUCUCUGUUGAGUUAUUACUCUUUCUCUCUUCCUAA